AUGACGUUGUUCAUUUGCCUACUAACUACCGGAAGGGUCAGCAGAAUCAGCUCACUGCCGGUGUCUGGAGCAACACUCGCCUACUUUGUCAGCGAAGCAACUACCAAUUCUCCAACGGUUGCUGAUGAUGACGCUUCAAAUUCUACUAAAAUAAAACUCUGGAGCUUCCUUAUGGCCUGUAUGGGUGUAGCCAUCUUCGUCGGAAACUGCUUGGUCGUCGCUGCAGUUGCUACUACUCGGCGUCUUCAGACGGUCACGAAUCUUUACGUCGUUUCACUGGCUAUUGCUGAUCUUCUCGUUGCCAUUCUUGUACUACCGGCUUCAAUUGCCUACUUCAUGAGUGACCGAUGGCCGUUUGACAAUCAUACAACCUGCUACCUCUGGCUGUCGGCAGACAUCCUCCUAUGCACCGCCUCUAUCCUUAAUCUUUGCUGUAUCUCCCUAGAUCGCUACAUGGCUGUGACCAGGCCUCUGGACUACACAACUCGUCGAACCCGGCGUACAGCAAGCCUGAUGAUUAUCGCAGCUUGGCUUUUGUCAGGGCUAAUCGUGCUGCCCGGGUUAUUUGGAGGCGUGCAACACAACAUCGGGCGAGGCAGAUGCUCCAUCAGUGUGGAAGUCGGCUUUCGCGUCUACUCGUCGAUUGGAUCCUUCUUUGGCCCUUUCUUUGUAAUGCUCUUCGUAUAUACACGCAUUUUUGUUGUGGCCUGUCGUCGGUUGGAGACCUUCGGUGCCGGCAGCUUUAAUGGUAGCACCAGUUUCGGAGCUGGAUCCACCAGACAUAAGAAGGGUAUCAUGGGACGCCGAGAUGCUAUUCAGAGUUUUACUUUGUUCGGAGUAUUCGCUUCCAUCAGAUCUCACUUAAGCCCUUCGCCAUCAACGCAUACGAACAUUCGUCCCUCAGAACAAGCAAGUCUACGCAACUCGGAAAAAGAUUCACCUUUGUUAGCGAGAAAAGUUACAGCAGCUGCGGUACUUACUUACUCUACUAGCAAGAAAAUGGACCUAAAACAGCCAACUUCAGCUGCUCUGCUCACCUCUGAGAGCAACCGCUACAGCAUGCUCGACUGGGAGUGCCAGGAGCUUAGGCCAUCCUCUCUUGCAAGGCGUACCAAAAGCUGCAUGGCUUUAUUAGAACUGAUGACGGAAAACCACGCCCUGAGCAAUAGCCAUCCCAUGCUUCAGCGACAAGAGAUCCCAGUCACCUCGAAGAAGCCCUGUUUACUAUUGCAUGUGAAAACGAGGAACUUUAGCUUGGACUCACCUCAAAAUUCAAGUACUUCAUACACUCAAUAUUCCUAUUUUGCACACAAUAAGAGUGAUAUAUCUGAGUCCUGCCAGGCCAAGCCCCACAUGAAUAAACACUUUUCUAGCAUGCCAUGUAUUCGUCCCUUGCUUUCGAAUGGCAUCUGGCUGAGUCAAAGCUCGACUUGUGAUUGCGUGUUUUGGCCUUGUCUGCUUGCAUGCGAUCAGCCUCAGGAGACAAUUCCAGAAUACCUUUGCCGGCCAGUUGAAACACAGUUUACUCAGGUCGUCGGACAAUCGGAAAAAGCCUCUAGCACAACUGUGCCCAAGUUCUCCUCAGGAAUGAUGGAAUCUUCUCAUAAAAGACCGUUGCGUAACGUUCCUACUGCAAGGAUUUCUAGCGAUAAGAGACUUCGAGAACGAGCUGCUUUUAAACGAGAACGCAAAACAGCCAAGACAUUGGGCUGCGUGGUAGGAUGUUUCUCUGUGUUUUGGUUGCCCUUUUUCAUCAGUUAUAUCUUUGAGCCAUUCUGUUUGUGCAGGUAUCCUAGCUGGUUCGUGACGUUUGUAACUUGGUUGGGCUAUGUGAACAGUGUGUUCAAUCCUUUCAUCUAUGCUUUCUACAAUCGAGAAUACGCGAAUGCCUUUAAACGGAUUUUGAGAAUACAAACUAAGUGA